CACUCUAAUUAGUGGCUCGGGUGUGUUUACAUUGACAAUCUACUUAAUCAGAGACUUGUAUAAGAUUAACAUAAUUGGAGUAAAAAAGGAGGAGAAGAAUUCCUGGUUUAUUAUGACUGAAAUAAGUUGACUAUGAUCAUAUGACAGAAGAAGCAACUAUUCUGCAAUAUUAUAGCAACACAUUCUCACACCAUGCUUAAUGUCGGCGAACCUUCCAAUAACUCCAAAAGAUUACCUGUCAUGAGCUCUCCAUAACUAUAAACUAAUCUCCAUUUCCUUCAUAUUUAUAUACCCAACUCUUAUGCAUUAAUCAAUCUUCUUUCCAUUCUUAGCUCUGUAAACCCACUUGCACAGUUUCUUUCUACUUCCCUCAAAGAGUGAAAAAUCAUGGAAAAUUGAGAGAUUGAUUGAGGACAGUGAAGAAGAAGAAUAUGAAGCUCAAAACACUGUUUUUGUUCUUCUUUUACUGUUCCAUUUGUUUCUUCUUUUCUUCUGGUUCUGCCUGGAAUGAUGAAGUUUCGGUUUUGCUGUCGAUAAAAUCCGGAAUUGUAGAUCCAUUAAAUAGUCUUCAUGAUUGGAGGAUGUCCAACAAUGCUGCUGCACAUUGUAACUGGACAGGAGUGUCCUGCAACUCCAAUGGAGCUAUUGAGAAGCUUGAUCUCUCCCACAUGAAUCUCAGUGGGAUAAUAUCAGAUGAAAUCCAGCGGCUGCCGGGUCUUGAUUCUCUCAACUUGUGCUGCAAUGGGUUCUCUUCAUCAUUGCCAGAAUUCGUGGUGAGUAUCGGCUCGUUGAAGAGUCUUGAUGUGAGCCAAAACUUGUUUGAUGGUAGCUUUCCAGUUGGUCUGGGAAGUGCAGCUGGACUUACUCUACUGAAUGCAUCAGGCAACAGUUUUGUAGGUUUUAUUCCUGAAGAUAUUGGCAAUGCUACUUCUUUAGAGAUUCUAGAUCUCCGAGGAAAUUUCUUCGAAAGCUCGAUCCCAAGAUCUCUCAAGAAUCUUCACAAGCUGAAGUUUCUUGGAUUAUCUGGGAACAAUCUCACUGGCCAGAUACCACGAGAGCUUGGCCAGCUUUCAUUGCUCGAGACGGCGAUUCUUGGAUACAAUGAGUUUGAAGGAGGAAUUCCUGCUGAGUUUGGAAAUCUCACCAACCUGAAGUAUCUUGAUUUGGCAGUUGGCAAUCUCCAUGGCGAGAUUCCGGCUCAACUGGGGCGGCUUAAGGUACUCGAGACAGCUUUCUUGUAUAAGAACAAAUUUGAAGGAAAGAUUCCACCAGAAAUCGGCUCCAUUACUUCAUUAAAAUUUCUGGAUCUCUCUGAUAAUAUGUUAUCAGGAGAAAUUCCUGCUGAAGUUGCCAACUUGAAGAAUUUACAGCUCUUGAAUCUAAUGAACAACCAAUUGUCUGGUUCAGUUCCUUCUGGACUUGGACAGUUGACACAAUUGGAGGAUCUUGAGCUUUGGAACAACUCCUUGUCCGGACCAUUACCUCCUGAUCUUGGCAAGAAUUCGUCAUUGCAGAGGUUAGACAUAUCGUCUAACUCGAUCUCUGGCGAGAUUCCAACAAGCCUGUGCAAUGGAGGCAAUCUAACAAAGCUCAUCCUCUUCAACAAUGCCUUUUCAGGUCCUAUUCCAGCUAGUCUAUCAACUUGUCUGUCACUUGUUCGGGUUCGAAUGCAGAAUAAUUUUCUUUCUGGUACAAUUCCAGUUGGGUUUGGCAAACUUGAAAAACUUCAAAGAUUAGAACUGGCAAACAAUAGUCUCACAGGCCAAAUUCCAUUUGAUCUUUCUUCUACUGCAUCGCUUUCUUUCAUUGAUCUAUCUAGGAACAAGCUCCGAUCCUCUCUUCCACCUACCAUUCUUUCCAUUCCCAGUCUGCAAACCUUCAUGGCCUCCAACAAUAACUUAGAAGGCGAAAUCCCAGAUCAAUUCCAAGACUGUCCUUCAAUGUCAGUACUUGAUCUCUCCUCAAACCGUUUCACUGGAAGCAUUCCAGCAAGCAUUGCUUCGUGCGAGAGGUUGGUGAGCUUGAAUCUUAGGAACAAUCAAUUGACUGGAGAAAUCCCAAAACAAACUGCAAUGAUGCCUGCAUUGGCCGUUCUUGAUCUAUCCAACAAUUCUCUGACCGGUGGAGUGCCAGACGAUUUUGGCACCUCUCCAGCAUUGGAGAUGCUCAAUGUCUCAUACAACAAGCUAGAAGGUCCAGUGCCAGCAAAUGGUGUGCUAAGGACAAUAAACACAGAUGAUCUUGUAGGCAAUGCCGGUCUCUGUGGCGGUGUCCUCCCUCCUUGUGCCAGAAAUUCAUCAACUGAAUCAAAAAAACAGAGGAGCUCUCAUGCGAAACGCGUUGUUGCAGGAUGGUUCAUUGGAGUUUCAUCAGUUUUGGCACUUGGAAUUGCACUAAUAGCUGCUAGAUCUCUGUACAAAAGAUGGUACUCAAAUGGAAGCUGCUUUGAAGAAAGACAUGGGAUGGGGAAUGGAGAGUGGCCUUGGAGGUUAAUGGCAUUCCAGAGGCUUGGUUUUUCGAGUUCCGACAUCCUAGCUUCCAUCAAAGAAUCAAAUGUGAUAGGAAUGGGAGCUACCGGGGUCGUUUACAAGGCUGAGAUGCAGAGACUAAACACAGUUGUGGCAGUCAAGAAGCUAUGGAGACCAGGAAGAGACAUUGAAAGUGGAAGCAGCGAUGAAUUCGUCGGAGAAGUGAAUCUCCUGGGGAAGUUAAGGCAUCGAAACGUCGUACGUCUGCUUGGAUUUCUGCACAAUGACUCCAACAUGAUGAUAGUAUACGAGUAUAUGCAGAAUGGUAACCUUGGAGAAGCCUUGCAUGGCAAGCAAGCAGGGAGGCUGUUAGUAGAUUGGGUUUCAAGAUACAACAUAGCCCUAGGAGUUGCUCAUGGACUUGCUUAUCUCCACCAUGAUUGUCACCCACCUGUAAUCCAUCGCGACAUCAAGUCGAAUAACAUUCUUCUUGAUGCAAAUCUGGAGGCAAGGAUUGCUGAUUUUGGGUUGGCAAGGAUGAUGGUUCAGAAGAAUGAGACAGUUUCAAUGGUCGCUGGAUCCUACGGAUACAUAGCCCCUGAAUAUGGAUACACCUUGAAGGUGAAUGAGAAGAUUGACAUUUACAGCUAUGGAGUAGUUCUACUAGAACUUAUAACCGGAAAGCGGCCAUUAGAGCCAGAAUUCGGAGAAUCUGUUGACAUCGUUGAAUGGAUUCGAAUGAAGAUUAGAGACAACAGAGCUUUGGAAGAAGCACUAGACCCUAACAUAGGAAACUGCAAGUAUGUUCAAGAAGAGAUGCUAGUAGUCCUUAGAAUUGCCCUUCUUUGCACUGCCAAGUUACCCAGGGACAGACCUUCCAUGAGAGAUGUCAUUACAAUGCUUGGAGAGGCAAAACCCAGGAGAAAAAGCAGCAACACUAGCAGCAUAAAUGACAGUAACAUAGAGAAGCCAGUUUUUAGCACAUCACCUGUAAAUGGCCUUCUGUAAAAGAGUUCUCCACCGGCUAAAGCCUGUACCUGUAUUUGAUUCUUCAUUUAAUAUGUAUGUAGAGGUGCAUUUGUUGAUGCUUGUAAUCCACAGUUGAUUUUAUGUCCAGCAGACUGAUGCAAUAUAAAAAAAGAAUAUUUUUGCAAAUAAAAUUCCCAGUUCAUGAUAAGCCUGUAAUUGGGAAAUCCCAACAUUCAAAUAAGAGACAGCAUGACCAGAUAGUGCAGAGAAAUGCUUAAAAUGAGGGAUGAAAGGUGGAAGGGCAAAAUUCAAAACCAUAGCAAUAUAAGAUAUGUGAGUAUUUACAGAUGAAAAACAGCACCAUAUUACACGGAAAACUCAGAUGCAUGAGACUUUUAGUUUUAGGUAUGGGAAAUAUAUCGUUGUAUGCGUGACAAGAAUAAACAAGUGUAAUAAAAGAGGGAAAAAAAAAA